AUGACUCUUAACGUUGCCAUUGUAGGUGCUGGACUGGUUGGUUCAGCUUUUAUUAAACAGCUUGCAGCCAGCAAACUUGACGUUGCGGUUGUUUUGAUUGCUCGUUCUUCAAAAACCAUUGUCUCCAUGGACUUUAGCCCUCUCAAUCUGGCAAAUGUUGACUUCUCGGCAGCCUCCGAGGGCGGCUGGACCCCGGCACAGAUUGCAGAGUUUCUUUCCAAAUCUCCUGUACCUGCCGUUCUGGUUGACAACACCUCCAAUGAAGGUUUAGCUCAGGCCUACCCUGAGUUCUUGGCCAAGGAUAUCUCUGUGGUUACCCCCAACAAAAAGGCGUUCUCUUCAACCAUUGAGUUGUGGAAUAAGCUGUUUGACAAGUCUAAUAAGGCUCUGGUUUACCACGAGUCUACCGUUGGUGCUGGACUUCCUAUCAUCAGCACUUUGAACGAUCUUAUUGCCACAGGGGACCGUGUUCACAAGAUUGAGGGUAUCCUAUCAGGAACUCUGUCCUACAUUUUUAAUGAGUUUGGUUCCUCGGAUGUUGCAUUCUCCGCUGUGGUCAAGAAGGCCAAGGAACUGGGCUAUACCGAGCCUGACCCUCGUGAAGACCUCAAUGGUCUUGAUGUCGCUCGUAAGGUCACUAUUCUUUCCCGUUUGGCUGGAAACCUCGUGGCUGGCCCUACUGCCUUCCCCGUUGACUCCCUGAUCCCCAAACCUUUAGAGAGUGUCGAAAGUGUUGAGGACUUCAUGGCUGAGCUCCCCAAGUACGACACUGAUAUGGCAAAGCUUCGUGACGAUGCCAAAGCAGAAGGCAAGUGCUUGCGCUUCGUUGGCAAGGUCGAUUUGACCGGAACACCCAGUGUGAAGGUAGGAGUCGAGAAGUAUGACCUCUCUCAUCCCUUUGCUGCUCUUCAGGGCUCUGACAACGUCAUUGCAUUCACCACUGAGCGUUACCCUUCGCCUCUAAUUGUUCAGGGUGCUGGAGCUGGUGAUGCUGUCACGGCAAUGGGUGUUUUGGCCGAUCUUAUCAAGAUUGUACAGCGUGGUGGUCGUAAAUAA